CGGCGUUGCGGGCGGGCGGCUCCGCAGCGCCCAUGGCUCUACCGAGCGCCGUGCGGGCUCUCCACGCCACCGCCGCCCGCGUGGGCGCCCCACGCUCCGUUCCCCGCGGGGCCGCCCCACCGCUACCGGCCAGCGGGAAAGGGGGAACGCGGCCGGUUCCAUCGUCGGUCCCACCGCGGGAUGCGACCCCGACCGUAAAUUUCGGGGACCCGGAGGAAGCGUUCCGCAGUAAAAGCAGCGCCGAGCUGCUGCGGGGGCUGCUGGUGCUUGGGAUGUGCGCGGUGGGACCGCUGGUGGAGCACAACCGAGAGCUGCUGCAACUCGGGAAGCGGGUGCUGGGCCAGGCGCUGUUCGAGCGGCUGAUGAAGAUGACCUUCUACGGGCAGUUCGUGGCCGGGGAGGACCAGGAGGCCAUCAAACCGCUCAUCCGGCGGAACCGGGCGUUCGGGGUGGGCGCCGUGCUGGAUUACAGCGUGGAGGAGGAUCUGAGCCCGGCCACGGCCGAGCGCCACGAGCUGGACUCCUGCACCUCUGCAGCCGAGAAGGAGCCAGGAGGAGCAGAGAGGAGAGAGAAGCAGUUCCGUGCCCAUCGUGGCUUUGGGGAUCGCCGUGAUGGAGUCAUCAGUGCACGCACCUAUUUCUAUGCCGAUGAGGCCAAGUGUGAUCAGCACAUGGAGACCUUCCUGCGCUGCAUCGAUGCAUCAAGUGGCAGCUCAGAGGACGGCUUCUCGGCCAUCAAGCUGACAGCACUGGGCAGACCUCAGUUCCUGCUGCAGUUCUCAGAGGUGCUGGUGAAGUGGCGGCGGUUCUUCCACCAAAUGGCUGCAGAGCAGGGCCAGGGCGGGCGGGCAGCGCUGGAGAUGAGGCUGGAGGUGGAGAAGCUGCAGGAGUCCUUGGCCAAGCUCGGCAUCGCAACCAAGGCAGAGAGCCAGCACUGGUUCACAGGCGAGAACGUGGGUGAGAGCGGCACUGUGGAUCUGCUGGACUGGAACAGCCUGAUUGACAGCCGCACCAAGCUCUCCAAGCUGCUGCUUGUCCCCAACAUCAAGACCAGGCAACUGGAGCCUCUGCUUUCACACUUCACCGAGGAAGAGGAACUGCAAAUGAAACGGAUGCUGCAGCGGAUGGAUGUCCUUGCCAAGAGAGCCACGGAGACGGGCGUGAGGCUGAUGGUGGAUGCAGAGCAGAGCUACUUCCAGCCAGCCAUCAGCCGCCUCAGCCUGGAGAUGCAGCGCCGCUUCAACAGGGAGCGGGCAAUCAUCUUCAACACCCACCAGUGCUACCUGAAGGAAGCUUAUGAUAACGUGAGUGUGGACGUGGAGCUGUCACGCCGGGAAGGCUGGCACUUUGGUACCAAGCUGGUCCGUGGAGCCUACAUGGAGCAGGAGAGGGAGAGAGCAGCGAAGAUUGGCUACGAGGAUCCCAUCAACCCCACCUAUGAGAAGACCAAUGAGAUGUACCACAGGUGCCUGGAUUAUGUCCUGGAGGAGAUCAAGCACAGCCGGAAAGCCAAUGUCAUGGUGGCAACUCACAAUGAGAACACGGUCAAAUUCACCCUACGCAGGAUGAUGGAGCUUGGGAUCCAUCCUUCAGAGAAGAAGGUCUGCUUUGGGCAGCUGCUGGGCAUGUGUGACCAGAUCACCUUCCCCUUGGGUCAGGCUGGCUUCCCUGUCUACAAGUAUGUCCCCUAUGGCCCGGUGGAUGAGGUGCUGCCCUACCUGUCCCGCCGUGCCCAGGAGAACAGGGGCUUCAUGCAAAGAGCCAACCAGGAGCGGGACCUGCUCUGGAGGGAGUUUAAGCGGCGACUUUUUGCAGGCACCAUCUUCAGCUCCAACCCCUGACCCCUCCAGCCCUGCAGGACCCAGCCUUUGCACGGCAUUGGGGCUUUUGUGCCUUCAUGUUAACCACUAACCCAGUUCCUCUGCCUUGUUCUGUUGCUGUUUUUCCUCCUGAGGCCUUUGCCUGGGGGGGAGAUGUUCUCUUACUGCUGUAGAACCACAUCCUCCUUCUGGAGGCCACUACUGUAGGGCUGCCUAGCUGGCUGUGCCCCGACUGAUGUCCCUCUGCUGUUCUUUGGCAGAGCCAAAGCUCCACAGGCUCUCAGUGCCUUGUGGCCAUGCCGGGCCUGAGACACCUAUCAUGGGGAUGGGAGCCUCCCAGCCAUGUCCCUGUGCUGUCCCAUGAGGAUGGGGCAGUGCUGAGGGCCAGGGAGCCAGGAGCUGGGCUGCAGCUCAGCUCUGCCAAGCACUGGAUUUGCAGCAAAUGGCAACGAUUAAAGCACUGUUGCUCUUA